GAUCCAGCACCGAUCGAGAACACAAAAAAUAGCUUCGACUUCACCAAUCACAUAUACCGCAUAUAUAUGCUUGGACGCACACUGUAUAUAAAACCGCUGCAUGUUGCGUAAAAUUUAAUUUGCUUCCCGGCCAAGAGCUUUCGUGCAUCACCAUGGGUGGAUGCAGUUCAAGCUCCACGACCGAGACCGUCCAGGAUGAGGGCUCAAAGACCGCGAAAGAUCAGGGUCCAAAGAUCGCGGAAGAUGUCACCCAAUUGAUCGGCAAGACCCCGUUGGUGUACCUGAACAAGGUGGUGGCUGGCUGCGAGGCGCGUGUAGCUGCCAAGCUUGAGAUCAUGGCGCCCUGCUCCAGCGUCAAGGACAGGAUUGGCUACAGCAUGAUCGCCGACGCGGAGGAGAAGGGCCUGAUCACCCCUGGGAAGAGCGUCCUGAUCGAGCCGACGGGCGGCAACACCGGCAUCGGGCUGGCGUUCAUGGCGGCGGCCAAGGGGUACAGGCUGGUCGUGGCGAUGCCAUCGUCGGUGAGCACGGAGCGGCGGGCCGUGCUGAGGGCCUUCGGCGCCGAGGUGGUGCUGACGGACCCGCUGCUGAGCAUGGACGGCGUGGUGCGCAAGGCGCAGGAGGUGGCGGCGCGGACGCCCGGCGCCCACGUGCUGCAGCAGUUCGCCAACCCGGCCAACCCCAGGGCGCACUACGAGGCGACGGGGCCCGAGAUCUGGAGCGCCACGGCGGGCAAGGUGGACGCCCUCGUCGCCGGCAUAGGCACCGGGGGCACCGUCACCGGCGCCGGCAGGUACCUCAAGGAGAAGAACCCCGCCAUCAAGGUCUAUGGCGUCGAGCCGUCCGACAGCGCGGUUCUGUCUGGAGGGAAACCUGGUCCGCACAAGAUCCAGGGCCUCGGUGCUGGCUUCGUUCCCGGCGUUCUCGAUGUCAGCCUCCUCGACGAGGUCUUCCAGGUCUCCAACGAGGAAGCCGCCGGCAUGGCGAAGCAGAUCGCGCGGGAAGAAGGGCUACUGGUCGGGAUAUCGUCCGGUGCGGCCGCGGUCGCCGCCGUCAGAGUCGCCAGGAGGGCCGAGAACAGGGGCAAGCUCAUCGUCGCUAUCUUCGCGAGCUUCGGCGAGCGAUACCUGUCGUCGUUCAUGUACGAGUCCCUCAAGGAGGAGGCUGAAAGCAUGGCCUUCGAGCCAUGACCAUGAGUGCUGCUGAGCGAUGGCGCAACGCCAGAAGUCUGGGCUGGCCCCGUGCUUCUACCAUGUUUGACAAGGCCUGCACUCGCUCCAGCAGACCAAGAAGACAUCGUGUUUUCCCUGGCGCUGCCUCUCAAAUGCAUCUGUCGUCGUCUUUUUUUCCUGUCUGACUAUUUGUCAAAAAUAAAUGAACAGUUUUCAUCUC